GGCAGGCUUGAGAGAUUGAAAGGGCAAAACUACAAAGACAAAAAAACUAGUUGUGAUUGGUUUUUAUGACUUUGGCGCCAUGCCUCAGGAGCUGACUUUAUAAUGGUUCCUAGUGACAGGAGGAAAAAAAAAAUCUAAAAGUCUCUCCUCUUUUAAAUGCAAAUAUAGAUCCAUUGCUGCCACUCCUCCAUUUCAUAGAACUUCUCAGAUUUUUAUUGUAAGCAGCACUCCAUCUGCACUUCUGUCAAGAAGGAUGUUCUUGCUGGGGAUUCUUUUUUGAUGGCAACUGAUGUAUCCAAGAGGAGCAAACAGAGAAGAAAGGAUGACAAGAGAAUGAGAGGUCACUGUUCUGCCUCCUCAGAUGAAGAAGUGAACUAGUCAGAGGCCACAGAGCAUGUUCUCUCAGCAGUUCAGAGACCCUCAUAUCACUGAGCUGCUGCUAUUACUGCUCAGUCUGCCCAAAGCAGAGCUCCACUAACUUCUCCUUGUGACAGAGCAGGCACAUGUCUCCUCCAGGUAGCAGCAGCUUUACAUAAGGCACAGAGGAUUUGCAGGAUUCUUUAUUUGGCUUUACUAGAAGAACAAGAAGAAGAGGAAGAAAGAAGCGGAACGUGUGCUGGCCAGCCAACAUAGAAGCUUACCCCAAGGAGACAUACUUGAUACCGGCAAUACUGGUCCUUAAGUACUUUUCUGUGGAUAUAUACUUCAAGACACCUUCAACCCUUAACAAUUAAACGCUGCCUGGAUCAAGACUGGAUUUUCUAAGAAAACCUCUUUUUUUGGUAUACUAUUAUUAGUAAAAGUGAGAAAAUGAAGAUGGGCAAACAUGAAAUGUGUCACUAUCUUCAGCUUAUAGCUAUUUUCUUCUGUCUGUCUGGAAUAAGCCAAGCUGAACUCUCAAUGUCUACAUCCACACCUUAUAUUCAGUCUGGAAAGUCAAGGACAAAAAGGAGUUGGGUGUGGAACCAGUUUUUUGUCCUUGAGGAAUAUACUGGCACUGAACCUCUGUAUGUUGGCAAACUUCACUCUGAUGUGGACACAGGAGAAAACUCCAUCAAAUAUGUUUUGACCGGUGAAGGGGCUGGUUCUAUUUUCAAUAUUGAUGAAAAUACUGGGGACAUUCAUGCUUCCAAGAGGUUGGAUCGGGAGGAACAGGCUUACUAUACAUUGCGAGCACAAGCAAUUGACAGGCAAACAAAUAGACCAGUGGAGCCUGAAUCUGAAUUUGUCAUUAAAGUACAAGAUAUCAAUGACAAUGAGCCAAAAUUUCUUGAUGGACCCUAUAAUACUGGCAUCCCUGAAAUGUCUCCUGUUGGAACAUCAGUGAUGCAAGUAACAGCAACAGAUGCCGAUGAUCCUACUUAUGGAAAUAGUGCUCGAGUUGUCUAUAGCAUUCUUCAAGGUCAGCCAUAUUUUUCUGUGGAGCCAAAGACAGGCAUUAUUCGAACAGCCUUACCUAACAUGGACAGAGAAGCCAAAGACCAAUAUCUUUUGGUAAUACAGGCAAAAGAUAUGGUUGGAUUAAUGGGAGGAUUGUCGGGUACAACCUCUGUCACAGUCACACUUACAGACGUGAAUGACAACCCUCCAAGGUUUCCUCGAAAGUCUGAACAGUACUAUGUGCCUGAAUCGUUGCCCAUUGGCUCAACAGUAGCAAAGAUUAAAGCAGCAGAUGCUGAUAUUGGACAAAACGCUGAAAUGGAAUAUAAAAUUGUUGAUGGCAAUGGGGACGGAGUUUUUAAAAUCUCUGUGGAUAAAGAUAUGCAAGAAGGAAUUGUUGCAAUUCAGAAGGAGUUAGACUACGAAACAAAAUCCAGCUAUACACUCAGAAUAGAAGCUUCAAAUAAACAUGUGGACAAUCGAUUUCUCAGCGUUGGUCCAUUUAUGGAUACAACGACAGUGAAAAUUACUGUGGAAGAUGUGGAUGAACCUCCUAUCUUUUCUCAACAAUUAUAUACAAUGGUAGAGUCUGAAGCAGCAAAAAUAGGCAGCAGCAUAGGAACAGUAAUGGCACACGACCCAGAUUCUUCACACAGCCCUGUGAGAUACUCAAUUGAUCGUAAUACAGACCUGGAGAGAUAUUUUAACAUUGAUGCCAACAGCGGACUCAUUACUAUAGCUAAACACUUGGACAGAGAGACCAACGCUGUCCACAACAUAACAGUUCUCGCAAUAGAGAGCCAGAAUCCGGCACAAAUCGGGAAAGGAUAUGUUGCCAUUAGCAUUCUAGAUAUUAAUGAUAAUGCACCGGAAUUUGCUAUGGAAUAUGAGACCAACGUUUGUGAGAAUGCACCUCCAGGACAGGUUAUUCAAGAGAUAAGCGCAGUAGAUAAGGAUGAACCGUCAAAUGGUCACUGGUUUUAUUUCAGUUUGCCUCCAGAUGCAAGUAAUAUAAAUUUCACAUUACAAGACAAUAAAGAUAAUACAGCUUCAAUCCUUACAAAGAGGAAUGGAUUUCGGAGGCAAGAACAGUCUGUGUUUUAUUUACCAAUUGUUAUUUUGGACAGUGGAUCUCCAUCACUUAGUAGCACCAAUACCCUUACUAUUAGGGUUUGCGAUUGUGAUGCAGAUGGAAUUGCUCAGACCUGCAAUGCGGAGGCCUACACUUUACCUGCGGGACUAAGUACAGGAGCACUCAUUGCAAUACUAGCCUGUGUUUUGACACUUUUGGUGCUUGUUCUUCUUAUUGUCACUAUGAGAAGAAGAAAAAAGGACCCUUUAAUUUUUGACGAAGAAAGAGAUGUUAGAGAGAACAUUGUGAGGUAUGAUGAUGAAGGAGGAGGUGAAGAGGACACAGAAGCCUUUGACAUGACCACGUUGAGAAACCUUAAUAUUAUCCGAGACAGCAAAAGCAGGAGGGAUGUAACACCAGAAAUACAGUUCUUGAGCAGACCAUCUUUACGAAGUGCUCCAGACAACUUAAUCUUUAGGGAAUUUAUUUGGGAAAGACUAAAGGAAGCUGAUAUAGAUCCUUGCGCUCCACCUUAUGACUCCUUGCAAACAUAUGCAUUUGAAGGGAACGGCUCUGUUGCGGAGUCACUCAGUUCUUUAGAGUCAAUCAGCUCAAACUCUGAACAUAACUAUGACUACCUUAGUGACUGGGGUCCACGUUUUAAAAGACUUGCAGACAUGUAUGGCACUGUUGAAGAUAACUUGUACUCUUAGCACUGGAAUACAUGUAUCUGAGGCUCUAAACAAGCUCAGUAUUGACUUCUAAAAUGUACAUUUGUGCUCACUGUAACAUUAGAGAAUUUUUUCCCCCUCUUUCCUAAGGAAAAACACUAACCUGAAACUGGCUACAUUUUGCUCUCAUGUAAAAUUCACCAUUUAUAAAAAUGAUUUUUACCCUGGAAUAACAUUGUUAAUGUUGUGAAGAUAUGAUUCUGAAUUUGUGUGCAGAAAUCAUAUAUUCAGUCCAAUGAACAUGCUGAUUGAUUGGUGUAAGAUAUAUCUGCAUUUAAAAGGGACGCCCACCAUUGCUGCAAGUUUUAUUCUAUAGCAUCCAAAAUAUAAAAACAAAUAAACUCUACCAUUUUCUAUCCAAAACUCCAAAAAACAGAUCUAAUCCUCUACAUUGUAACAUACUGCAAACAAUCCCUGUGUAGUCUGAUCCUGCAGUUAUCCUCCCUUUGAUCAGUCUCUUAAAUUUUUCCAAUGUACUUGUGGCAGGUUAUCGAAAAAUAGAUGAUGGUAGAGAGUAAGCCUACAGAAGGUUACUACACAAGGUUUGCUUAUUUUCUUCAUGAUGGAGACACAAAGGUCUGUAUCAUUUCACAUGAGCAAGUAAAAAAUUGUUGCAGAAGUGUACAUACCUUAGUCUGUGUUGACCCAGAACUCUUUUAGUGCACAGCAAACUGGCUGUAGAAAGUGAGAAAUGUUGCAAAGUGUUUUUGUUGUACAGUGUCUGAUCAUUGGACACGCCCGAUAGAUUUUUAUUCAUGGUCCUAGUUCUGAUUCAAUUGCCUCUAUGAAUUUAAAUAUUUUUUGUUUUGUUUUUCUUUUUUAUGUUUUUUAUUGUGUUGUUUUUAUUUAUUUAUAUUUAUAGUACUUGGAAAUACUAAAAAUGUACAUUUUGUAAUCUUUUCAUUAGUUUCAUUCCGAAGAUAGCUAUACAUUUAAUUCCUGAAAGUGCAAAGGAAUAUUCCCAUUUUUCAGAAUCCUUGUUCACAUAUGUAAAAGUCAAUCAUCAUUAAUGUAAGAUCACAGUAAAGCACCACAAAUUAGAUUGGUAAAUAUUGUUUUCUAUAUCAUUCAAGCCUCUUAAAACAUACCUAAAAGCAAAUUGCUUUCUCUCCCCCUGAUAAACAAUAAAUAAAUAAAUUCAUUAUUUUGAAAUAUUUACUUAUAAUAUAAUUAUAAUAUAAUAUAUAGAAAGCCAUAGUUUUUCUCAGUUCUACAUUGCCCAGUUGUGUAUAAAUAAAUUCAUCUGAAAAUACGCCAAUUUUCAGGACCCAGAAUCUGAAUGCUGUGUUUUAAGCUACAUAAGCUCUAGCAAAAACGGUAUAAAAAAAAAUUACAAAGCCGCAGAAAUAUUCACUUGUGAUGGUACAGAAGUAAACUGUGGUGAUGUCUGUCAAUUAAAACUAGAGGUUAGAAAUGAGAUCUAUAUCCCAAGCACUGUAAUUAAAGUUCAAAAUGAGCCUACAGUCAUUUAGGGAGACAUAUUUACUGUACUACUUUAUGUAUAAUGCACUUAAAGCAUAUCCGCAGUAUUCACCUAAGACAUUAUACAGCAUGAUUACGGUUGUAUUCAUGGAUUAGAAAUGAACUGCAGAAUGGAAGUAUUCCCACACCCAAUCAAAAAUCUAACAGUUGAAAUAAAAAAGUGAUUAAUUGCAGAGAGGUCUACAAGAGAAGGAGAACUUAAGAAAACUUAAAGUGAACCUGUCAUCAGAGUUUACCAUUUAUAACGUGUGACAACACAUUAAAUAUGGUAAAAUCUUCUUCCCCACUGACCCCAGAAGACAUUCCUGUCUGCAGGAAGUAUGAAGAUAUAUAGUUUAAAACUGUCCCCUGUCGGCCCCAUAAGUAGUCCCUUGGGCGGAGAGCUUUACUCUCCAGUCCCGCUGCUCUGGCUAUAAUCACGCCUCCUCAGCUCCUUUAGCAGGUGGAGCUGAUUGAUGACAUAGGUCGUGCCUGGGUAGUCAAUUAAACUGAGGAGGCGUGAAUACAGAGCAUAUGGGACUAGGUGAGUAUAGACAUCCUGGUUCCUGCCCAGGGGACUA